UAUAACCCAAUAGUACAUUAUAGUAUGACAUUUCAAAGAUAUUGUGUUAAAUUUUCAUUAAGAAAUAUUAAAAAAUACGGCAGUGGCAGCAAUUACUCUGGAUCGUAUUGAAAAAAAAGUUGAAUUGCGUUUCUCCUAGUAACUCCUCUGAAAUCAAAAAUUAUAUCGUUAGAUAAUCGCUUUACCCACGUACCGCUGGGAGUUUUUGAAAUCACAUUUUUAAAAACCAAAUUUGUGCGAAAAAGUCGGUUAAUUUGUUUAUGUAAAAUGAAAAAUAAUAACGACGUUAAAAAAUCUCUAGUGUUACCUCCUAAAUUCUGUACAAAAAGUGUUUAAAUUUUUAAAACGACGAUUGUUUUGAAGUUAUGAGACGCACCGAUUUUAAAAACACUAAAUGAACAUUUGUCGUUAUAUUAAAGUUUAAUAAAUUGUACGUGUACGCUGUCAUGAAAGAAGCACUUUUGUGAACAGACUCCAACGAUAACAUUUCGAUAUACUUCGCAAAUUGAAAAAUCGAAGAGGAACGGAACACAACUUCCGUUGCACGAAGGCAACACUCGUCUAUUUCUUUCCGUGCGGUUCUUUAACAUGACUGGUUUGUCGAAUAGGGCCGUUGUUAUUGAUGGUCGUGGCCAUCUGGUUGGCCGUUUGGCCUCCGUCGUCGCCAAAUACUUGCUUCAAGGAGGUAAAGUAGCAGUUGUACGUUGCGAAGAAUUGAACCUCUCUGGUCACUUCUACAGAAAUAAAAUCAAGUACUUGGCGUAUUUGCGCAAACGCUGUAACGUAAAUCCUGCUCGUGGUCCAUAUCACUUCCGUGCUCCAUCAAGGAUUUUCUUCAAAGCUGUACGAGGCAUGAUCCCACACAAAACUAAGCGUGGUCAAGCUGCACUUGCCCGUCUCCGCGUUUUUGAUGGUAUUCCACCACCAUACGACAAGCGUCGUCGUGUCUGUGUACCAAUCGCCAUGCGUGUCCUCACUCUGCGUUCUGACCGCAAAUACUGCCAAGUUGGACGUUUGUCAAGCGAAGUCGGCUGGCACUACCAAGAUGUCGUUAAGAGUCUGGAAAGGAAACGCAAGGCUAAGUUGCGUGUCACUCUGAAACACAACAGAAUCAUGAAGAAGUUGACGGUUAAGGCUCGCGAAAACAUUGCGAAGGUGGCGGAACCUUUCAACAAAAUCAUUAAAUCUUACGGAUACGAAGUUUAAAAAACGUACCCCUAAGUUUGUUUAAAAUGAUCGGAAUUCAUUUUUUAAUAAAAAGAAUAACAUAAGUAAAUUUAAA